AUGAGGAAGGCUAAUCCUAAGACAGUUACACAGGUGAACGGGAUAAAAUUCAUUGUGGGUAACAAGUUGAUACAAUUCACAGCCCAACACUUUUGCCUCAUCACGGGCCUAAGGUUCGGAAAGCUCCCUUUCAUUCUGAAGGCGACAAAUGAAAACUGCUCCUUGAAGCGAAAAUACUUCAGUAGCAAUAAACCUCCCACCCUUUUGGACCUACACACUGCCUUCAUUGAGUGCACAGAUGAUGACGAUGCGUUAAAGCUUGGAAUGUUGAAGUUGGCCGAAGACUUAGAAGAGUUUGACAAGUAUCCAUGGGGUGCCGUGUCAUAUGCGAUGACAAAUGCUUCACUUUUGAGGGCAGUUUCUUCUGAUUACCAACGAGUAAAGGUGCCCCAAAACAGAAAAAAGCCCAACAAACGUGGGAAGAAGAGAGCGCAGACAAGAAUGGAAUGCAGUAGAGCCAGAGAGUACAUCAUAAGGGGGUUUGGCUUCGCUCUUCAGAUUUGGGCUUUUGAAGUCUUCCCAACAUUGGAAGCAUUGCAUUUCACGGUCCAGGAAGACAAUAGGCACAUCCCUCGAAUAUUACAUUGGAGGAGCAACACGGUGGCCCGUUUUCGGGAGGUUAUGAGUCAGGUUUAUGAAAACUUUGAGGUUGAUGUGCAACUUCUCUGGCCGACUGAUAUUGAGAAGCAACAACCUUACUGGAGUUGGGGUGAUGAUGAGAACAAUGAAGAAAUUGUUCAAUUGUUUGGGGAUGAGGGCGAAGACAAAACCAGCACUUCUAGUGAAGAAAAAGAGGCGGAUGUUGAGGAAACAACUACCCUUCCCUCCUCUUCUAAGUAUCAAUUAGAAAGCACUAAGGAUGAGUUGGCAAAGCUACGUAGUUCAAAUCGGGGCCUUAGGAACAGAGUUCGUGACUUGGAAGCUAUUGUAGACAAGAACUGUUUGAAGCAUGAGAAGGAGUGUGACAGAAAUAAAAAGGCUAUUCGGGAUUUGACCCUAACAAUUGCUUCAGUGGAACAUUAUUUUAAAUUGGAGAUGGAGGAGUUAAAAAAAUUAUAUGGUGGAGAAGGGCAUGAGGAAGUGUGUACUGCUCAGAUGAAUGAAAGAGGGUAG